CAGUUUUUAAUUUGCAUUAACCAAAUUAUAAAAUGCAAUCUUCACCUGGUAGUCCACAGUCCGGGAAAAGGGAGGCAAAAACUGGUGAAUGGCAGUUAUGGUGUAGGAUGUGUGCAAAGACCGAUAUUCGAAAUAAUACAAAUGUGCUUCUUAAUGAGGAUCCUUUUAGAGGCGGUGCUAAUCAAGAAAUAACUUUAAAGGAGGCUAUUGAACGAUUCUUCGCAAUCAAGAUUUCAAAGGAAGAUUUACUACCAAAAGUAUUAUGCUCGUACUGCUUCACUUUAAUAACAACAGUGACCAAAUACAAUGAUCGGGUAUGUCGAGUGCAAAGAAUGUUUAAUGAUUUAAUUUCUACGUUUCGAGACACUUAUUGCGAUUUGGACUCUGUACGUUUAAAAUUUGGAAUAUACGAUGAGAGCAACCCAUUCAGCUUUUCUGUGCCAGAACUGCAAUGCAUUGCAGCAAAUGAAAUUAAAAAACCAGUUGUCAAUGAUGAACAAGAGGAACUGCUAAGUGAUGAAAAUUUAGAAAUAUCAUCACGUUUUACGCGAAUAAAAGAAGAAGCUAUUGGCGACGACGUAAAAAGGAAAAAGUUGGGAGGAGCUCUUUUAAUAGAAGAGUGCCGCGAAGUACCCUUUUAUGAAGAUUCAAAUGGCUUUAAAAGUUCUGAUGAAAAGGAAGAUCCUUUCAGUAGUGCGCAAGAGGAAAUGGAUUACAACAUUGGAGAAGAUAUUAAAAAUAUUAAAAAAUUAAGGAGCUUUUCCAAACACAAGCGUAAAAGGGAAACAGAUGGGGAAUGUGAUAAUCACAAUGAAAAUACAGAAGUCGGGUAUGCAAAAACAAAAAAAAGAAGAAAGAAAUCCCAAGGAAAGAGCAAGAGUAAUUGUCAAGUCAAAAGACGUGGGAUUAAACUAAAUAUCCCCUGUAAGGAAUGCAAUCAAAUGUUUGAUUGUUUCCCUACGUAUCGUCAACAUUUAAAUACAGCUCAUGGGCAAGACGACAAUUUGAAAGAUUGGAAGUGUCCUUUAUGCGGCAAGAUCUUAACGUCUGCAUCACGCCUUGAACAACACGUGAAAAGUCAUUUAGAAAACAAGCGCGAGUUUCGAACUAAAACAAUAAAUGUUAAAUUAGAUAUAACUUGCAGAGAAUGUAGUGAAAAGUUCGAUUGCUUUGAACAAUAUCAUCAACAUUUAAAUUUGGCGCAUGGCCAACUUGAUAAUGUGAAAGAGUGGAAAUGUCCUUCAUGCGAAAAAGUCUUGACCUCCGUGCAUCGACUGGAACAACAUUUAAGAAGUCAUGUGCCGCGAGAACCUAAAAUGUUACCAUGUUCAAAAUGCGGAGCUCAUUUUCCAACAAAUGGUCGCUUAAAUGCGCACAUCAAGAACAAGCAUAAUACCGAACGUUUUAUGUGUGAAGAAUGCGGCCUGUGUCUAAGCACUAGUUCCAAUUUAAAAUUUCAUAUGUUAACGCACACGGAUAUUGCUCCAUUAGAAUGUGAAGUGUGUAAAAAACGAUUCAAAUAUGCGCGACGUCUAAAGAUUCAUAUGGAAACGCAUGACUCCCAGAAGCAUAUUUGCAAUAUAUGUGGUUUACAGUUAAACACUCGAAUCACUUUAAGACGGCAUAUGGUGGUGCACAAUGAUAUAAUGAAAUAUAAAUGUGACUUUUGCGGUCGUUCGUUCAGGCAAAAGAAAACCUUAAAGUAUCAUUUAAUAUCACACGCAGGCCUCAAGCCGUAUACAUGCGAUUUAUGUGAUCGUGCCUUUACUAACGGUGCCAAUUGCCGUUUACAUAAGCAAAAAGUUCAUCCUGAGGAGUGGGCUGCUUUAGAAGCGUCGGGCCGUACUAAAAACAUAGUUCAACGUUUGCCUAAUAUUGAAACAUUAAAAACAUUAACAAGAGUAGCUGGUAAUUUGACAUCCUUAAAUAUUAAACAAGGCGCGAAUUUUCGUCUUGAUAAUAGCUCUAGAAAUCCGAACGAUAUAGUUGAAAAAGAACUAAUCAAGCAGAACUGCGAGUGUGAAAGUGAAGUAGUGAGAAAAAAAUCAAGGAACAUUGUAAACGUUAAGAGACUGGGCCGGGAGGAUCAUCCAAAAAUGCAAUCACAUAUUGCAAAUAUAAUAUCGAAGGAUAUAAAAGAAUCCACCAGAAUAAAAUGGCAAUUAUGGUGCCGUUUGUGUGCCAGUAACGAUUUCCAAAAUAAUAUUAACAUCUUACACGACGAUGUAAAAUUACUAGGCAUUAAUAAAGACAUGCCGCUCAGGAAGGCUAUAGAAAAAUAUUUCCAAAUUCAAGUUCUGCAAGAUGAUAUAAUGCCCCGGAUGGUAUGUUCUGAUUGCUUAAGCUUUAUUGACUGCCUGGUUUCCUUUAACGAGCGUAUACUUAAAGUACAACAGAUGUUUACUACUUUAAGCUCCACAUCUGAACAAGAACUUGGCGAUUUGGAGCAAAUACGGUUGAAGUACGUCGUGUUUGAUGAUAAGGGCGAUAAAAAUUAUUCUCAGCUCUCCUUAGCUGAAGUCCACUAUUUCGAAGCAAAGAACGAAAUAGAUAUUGAAAAAAAUGUUGUAAAUAAUGAGACUCCAGAAGGUUAUAAUUGUCAUAUGGAUCUAAAAAAAGAAAUUCACGGAGAAGCCCAAGUUAUUAAUGAGGAAAUUAUGGAUGUUGAAGAAGAAGGAUACCAAUGUAGAGAAGAAGCUCUGUAUGAUGUUAUUGAAAAAAAUUAUCAUGGUCAUGGCGAAGAGAAAGAUCCUUUCAGUAACGUCGAAGAAGACAAGAACGAAGAAUCUUCUGCAGGAAUAAAGCGAAAAAAGUUAAAGAAGCCGAAGCAUAAGAAUCAUGAUGAAUUACAAAAAGAUAUUAAAUUAAAUGUCGAAUGUAGGGAUUGCAACACACAUUUUCAGUCAUUUCGGCUCUACAGUAAACAUUUGCGAGAAGUGCACAGGCAAGAAGACGCUUUAAAAGAAUGGAAGUGUCCUACUUGCGAAAAAAUUGUGAGUACGAGUUAUCAUUUGGAACGUCAUCUUAGAACUCAUGUACCGCUGGAAGAGCGAAAAGUUGUAUCAUGUUCCGAAUGUGAUAAACGUUUCUUUACUAAUACUCAACUAGAAGCUCACAUAAAGUAUAGACAUAAAAAUGAAAAACCUUUUAUCUGCGAAGAAUGCGGUAUAUGUCUGCGCACAAAUGCCAAUCUCAGAAUACAUUUACUAACGCACACCGAUAUAGCACCGUUUGAAUGUGAGGUCUGUAGAAAGAAAUUCAAGGAUCGUACUAGGUUAAAGACGCAUAUGGAUAUACACAGUCCCAACAAGCAUGUUUGUGCUAUGUGUGGGCUACAAUUGAAUUCUCGGGCUACGCUAAAUCGGCAUUUACUGGUGCAUUCCGAUGAGAUGCAACAUAAAUGUGAUUAUUGCGGUCGCGCAUUUAAAAGAGCUAAAGCUUUGAAAAACCAUCUUAUACUUCAUACGGGGCUUAAACCCUACGCUUGCGAUUUUUGUGAUCGCACUUUUGCCAAUGGUUCCAAUUGUCGUUCACAUAAAAAGAAAAUGCAUCCUGAGGAGCUUGCGGCAUUGGAAGCGUCCGGUGGAGGAAAAUGUUACACCCGAAAUAUACCCAAACUAGAAACCCUAAAGGCGGUAACAAAAGGAGCCGAUAACCUAACACCGGUAGUUACCAAGCAAAGUGGUUGUUUUGCGUAUAGCAAGAAAUCUAAGCAAACUAAUGCAGACCACUCUGAUCGUUUACGCAAACCAAAAAUUAUUUCAAUGCAGUCAACAACGGUAACAGAAGGUGGACCAACUUCCAUGAAUAGUUCGAAUCUUGAAAAUUUAAACCUAAGUAAUAUACCGCAAGUCGGUUCCAACAAUACGGACGCGCAAGUUCAUGAGACAAAUGCAACAGCAACAAAUCGCGAGCAUAUACCAAAUUUCGAUAAAAUUUACCAGCAUCUAAUGAAACGAACAGUUUCCGGGUCAACGCAAUUAUCUUUGAAUAUUAAAAGACCACCUAGUGAAAUAUCUUUAAUAGAAACAGAGUCACACGAAACGCAAACACAGACCCAACAUGCGCAACCUGAUAGCGCCACAUGUUCACUGGGUAGUCAUCCCUUUUAUGAUCAAAUGCCCCAACAAUUUAAUCAUAAUUAA